CAGGUGAAACAGGUAAUGUUUGAAUUUCUACUAGAGCGCCACCUGCAUGUCAACAAUUUACAAAGGAAGAGCGCCAUGUUGGUCGUUCACCAGGCAGUCGCCUGGAUAGCUUUACUUGGCAUUAUUCUGUACCCGAAAACAGCCCAAGCAAUUCAAUGUUAUCAGUGUGACAGCAAUGAAGAUUUGUCCUGUCCGUCCUAUGAGUCCUUUGAUAAAGAGGUUAAUGCCCCUGUUAACUGUAACAGCUUUGAGGCCAACACUCCGGGCCAGUUUUGUAUGAAGAUCACUCAGGAGAGUCCAGGAUGGAGAGGAUGGAAAAAAAUCACAAGGAGAUGUGGAUCAAGAACAGAUCAAGGUGUUGCUUGGGGUUGCCGUUGGUCCUGGGAUACAGUAGGCGUGUUUAAGGAGAUCUGUUACUGCGAAACAAACAACUGUAAUGGAGCAUCCAGUACCAAGAUGUCGUUCGCCUCUGUUGCCAUAGUGUUCAUGGGAUUCCUUCUGCGCAGAUUUUUAUAACCAUGGUCCGUAACCCAUGUAGAGAUAAUCCUUUAAGUCCAAGACUAUAUAUUCCUCAUUCAAUCGUUAGUUUUGAUCUUUACUUUUUUUUAGUGCUGUUGAUGAUUUAAAUUGAUAUUGAUAAGUGAAAGUAAAAGGAAUAAUUUGUUUUAUUUAGUUUUUUGAAAAAAUUCCAUAUGAAGGAUAUGUGAAUCUAAAACAUCUCCAUCACUUUUUGCUAUGCAAUUUGUAAUAUUGGUUUCUUAAUUAAGAAAUAUAGUUAGAUCCCAAAAUUGUUUACUAUAAUAUGACCUCAUUUAAUCAAAAUCAUAUCUUAAGAUCAUGGUCUAAGGGAUAAAUUAUUUGUGUCUUGAUUGGCAUCUAAUGGAUAACCAUACAAAUUGAAAAUCCCAUGGACUUGCAAUCGUAUUUAGCCAUGAGCCAUAAUCCCGAAACAAAUAUGUGAUACCAAAAAAAUCAAUAAACAAGAGAGCAUGUAUUGCAGCAGCAAGUGGCCUAGUGCAUAUAUGUACUGAUGUAAACUUGUACUGAUGUAAACUGUACUGCUGUAAACUUGUAAAGUGUGAACACAAAUGGUAUCUGGUAAGCAAAGUGCUUCCUUUUUUGGAGUGUGAUUUUUUAAUGGAAGUGUGAUAAGAGAGAGGGAGAUCCGAAAGAGAGAGGAGAGAGAGAGAGAGAUAGAGAGAGGAUUAAACAAUGAGAAUGAGAGAGUGUGAUGCUUAAACUUGUACCAGGGGUAGCAUGUUGCCCUUACACCAUAUCAAAACAUAUCAGAUGUAAAUAUUCUUUGUGAUGUAUAUAUUUUAUAUAGUUGAGGAAGUUGAAGUGCCAUUAUUUGAAUGCUGUGAAUAUAAGGAGUAUAUAUGUAUAGCUUUGGUUCCAAUUUUGUAUGGCAAUUAUUUUUAAAUUGAAAAGGAUUUCAACAAAUAUUUCAUUGGGUUUUUUUUUAAAGGAAAGAUCAAUUGCAAAACAAAAAUGGAUAUCAAAAGUCAAGGAGUGAAUAUUCAUAUUGUAUUUAUAUAUCAUGUGUAUAUAUAUAUCUUGAUUAUUCAUCAUUUCAAAUCCUGUAGAUAAUGAGAAUAUUUUUUGAUACAUACUUAUUAACAUUCCAUUUGUACAUGAAUUUUUAUAGCAAAGAUGUAGAUAUCCGCAAUGUAAAAUUGCAUAUAACUGUCCAUAACUGAAUAUUGUAGAUUCAUACCUAAGUACUAUGUAUGUUUUAUGAAUUUUUAUCAAUUUAACUUUGGGAUUUAGUUCUGUAUCUUUAGAUCAAUAAAAAAACAAUUCAGUAGAGAUGAGAAAAAUUGUAUGACUUUCUUGUAUUUUAAAUCUGAUUCUAUUAACAUGAUUGAACACCAUUUGUUGCAUGUACUAACCAUUUUAUUACCAAGAUUGUAAACAUAGAAUGAUUUAAUAAAUACAAAAAUCAUGUC